AUGGUGCGUCAGCUGCACGACGGUAUGAUGGCGCGAGUCACGGACAAAAGAGCUGUCUCAGAGGCAUUCGCAGUGACCAAUGGAGUGAAGCAGGGCUGCGUACUGGCGCCUACCCUCUUCAGUCUUAUGUUCUCUGCCAUGCUGAUGGACGCCUACCGCGACGAACGCCCCGGGAUCCACAUCGCCUACAGGACGGACGGUCACCUGCUGAAUCAACGGCGUAUGCACUUCCAAUCGCGCGUAUCCACAACCACCGUUCACGAACUCCACUUCGCCGACUACUGCGCCCUGAACACCACCUCGGAAGAGGAGAUGCAACGGAGCAUGGAAUUGUUCUCCGGCACCUGCGAGAACUUCGGUCUGGUCAUUAACACGCAGAAGACGGUGGUGAUGCACCAACCGCCAACGCACUCAGCCACACCCCCCAACGCGCCGCAAAUCAACGUAAAUGGGACCCAACUGCAAGUGGUGGAGAACUUGCCGUACCUGGGCAGUACCCUCUCCCGCAACACCAAGAUCGAUGACGAAGUCGCCAACAGGAUCUCGAAAGCCGGUCAAGCCUUCGGUCGCCUCCAAAGCACAGUUUGGAAUUGCCACGGUCUUCAGCUGAGCACGAAGCUGAAGAUGUACAAGGCCGUCAUCCUGCCGACACUACUAUAUGGAGCGGAGACUUGGACGGUGUAUGCAAAGCAGGCACGCCGUCUGAACCACUUCCACCUCAGUUGUCUUCGUGGCAUCCUGAGGCUGAGCUGGCAGGAUCGAAUCCCUGACACUGAUGUGCUGGAACGGACGGGAAUCCUCAGCAUCUACGCCAUACUGAGGCAAAUGCAGCUGCGCUGGAGCGGCCACCUUGUGCGCAAGGACGACGAGCGACUACCCAAACGACUCUUCUACGAAGACGUCACGACGGGUUCUCGCCGUCAAGGAGGCCAGAUUCGCCGUUACAAGGAUUCCCUGAAGUCCUCCCUGAAACGCCUGCAAAUCAACCCCACCAACUGAGAGGAGCUCGCACUCGAUCGACCGACCUGGAGGAGGACAGUGAAGACAGGCACUGCGAUCUACGAAGCCAACCGCAUCGCCGCCGCCAAAGCGAAACGCGAAGCCCGCAAAUCACAACUUCGCCCAGUACGCAACGCCGCUGCACAACCGCUUCCAACGUCUCCUCGAUGUCAACCGACAUUUCGAGCUCGAAUCGGACUUGUUGGACAUCUUCGGAUUAACUGCGCCUCUCGAACUGCACCAACCAUCGUCGCCCCGCCCGCUUCUUCCUCCUCCUCCUCUCCGCCGCCAACUAACUCUGACAAUUCUUCUGACCCACCACUUCCAUCCUCCUCCUCCUCCUCCUCCUCCUCCUCCUCCUCGCCCACUGGUCCAACGACGGCCGCUCAGGCGACUGUCCCGCGCGCAAUAACCGACACUACCACCACCUCCCCCGGCUCCAGCGAUGAAGAUCAGGACUACACCUGCCCUCACUGCGACCGCACCUUCACCUCACACAUCGGCUUGGUCGGUGACUUGCGAAUCCAUCGCACAGAGACUGGCGAACCAGUGCCUGAAGCACCAACCUACACCCACCGCACUCGCCUCCACUGUCCACACUGCAUUCGCACCUUCAGGCAUCGCAUGGGCCUUUUCAGACACAUGCGCAUCCACGAGAGCGGCCUUGACCGCACUCCCGACACACCCACCACAUCCAACACAUCCACCGUGCACACCCCCACCCUCGCUCCAUCCGUCUGCGCCACCACCACCACUACCACCACCGCCUCCUCUUUAGCUGACACUGACACCGCCGACUUCUCAUGCCCACAAUGUCCACGCACAUUCACCUCACGCAUCGGCCUGGUCGGUCACUUGCGAAUCCAUCGCACAGAGACUGUCGAACCAGUGCCUGGAGCAUCCACCUAUACCCGCCAAGCUCGUCUCAACUGCCCACACUGCCCUCGCACUUUCAGGCAUCGCAUGGGCCUAUUCGGCCGCAUGCACAUCCACGACGACCUGUGGUAG